AUGGCCGUGCGAGAUUCAGACACUCUGCUGUGGCUUCACAAUAAACUGGGAGUGGACGACUCGUGGGGAUCUGGCAACAUAGCCUCUCUUCUCAACGCCGACGUAUUGAGAAACGUCAUAGCAAGACACGACGAAGUGGAACCGAAAGUCAAAAUGAAGUUGCUGCUCUCGUUCAUCAACAUCAGACCUGAUGCAAUGGAGGGUAUGAAGAACGAAGUUUGUCAGGUCAUAAAUGCUUGUGCCCGGGAGAACAAUUCAUGGCUGCAGCUUAUUGCUGAGAUAUUGAGGCCGUUUCCGAAGGAGAGAAGACUGGAAUGUGAUGUGUCAGAUGGAAAUUCGUACUUCAGGGAGACAUUGGAGAGGAUUAGAGAAGAAUUGGCUAAUCGUGAAGCAAAACCUUUAUUGCCUCUCGUGAGUUCUUAUCUUAACAAGAAUGCUUUGGAGGCAUUGGUUGGACCAGAAGUGAAGCCACCCAAGCAUUUUGAAUUGAGGACAAAAAUGAAGUCAGAACUGCUGAGAGAAGAACUUCUGAGGAAGUCAAAACUUGCUGCUGAUGCCUCAGAGACUAAGAAACAUUCAGCUUGUGCGGCGUACUUUCCUAGCAAGACACGGUCUGUACCAUUCGAAACACAACUGUCUGAACCAGCUUCUGUUGGGAAGCGUGCCGUUCACAGUCACUCAGGAUCUCACAUUCCACGUCGGACAAGUUUACUCGCAGCUCCAAGUGUUCCAACCAAACCCUCGACGAUCAAGAGAGAUCCCAAAAUCCAACUGAUUGAUUUGUCAGAAGCUCCUAUGGUAGGAAAGAAACGGCGUCGAGAGAAAGGCAUCGAGUCAGCAGCUAAACGACUAGAUGUGAGCGCCAAAACGCUGGCCAAACAACGACUGAAGGAAAUUGAUCCCAACAGGUCAUCUCUUGCUCCACCAACUCCACAUUAUGCUGCCGCUCUUGGCAUCCCUGGCCACAGCCCACCAGCUUCACCCCAACAACCUGCUGCAAGCUUUGUCUCUCCUGCUCUGAAAACAAGUGCAAUUGCUACUCCUUCUUACGCCGUUGUCAUGUCAACCUCGUCGUUUACACCAACAGAAAAGUUGCAGGCGAGUAUAGAAGCUCCCGCUUAUAUUCCACAGUCUGUGGCCCCUGCAAACACAAAAGAACAGCAAGGAGUUGUCUUUAUGACCACAAAGGCUCCUGUUGGUUUUGGACCGGUUUUGACGUUAACUGGAGGGCAGACUUUAGUUUCUGGAACAAAGUUGGUUGCUAUAUCGAAUCCCACUCAGCCAAGUGUGCAUGCUGCUGUUGUGCACCGACUGCCAGAGACUGGUGCAAAUCAAAACCAGGCAAUGGAUGUGAGAGCAGCAAUGGGUCCUGUUCCACGUUUUGUUAUUGCUUCUCAGCCUACCAAAGUGGAGUCUGUUGCUUCACAGGAGCCAGUGGUAGCAAGUCAGCCGGAGACAAAUGUGCCAAUCACGCCACAGUUGGUGCAGCCGCAAGUGGCAGCUGUUCCGCCACCCAAGAAGGAGCUAAGGCUGACUAGAGAACAGCUGACAAUGGCUCAGGAGAUGUUCAAGAAUGCAAACAAGGUUACGCGAGACGAUAAGGCAAUUAUAUUGAGUUUUAUGGCUGGAUCUAGAGAAAAUCCAUAUCCUAAUCAAGGUGAACUUGUCACUGUUCUUCUCAAUCAAACAGAAGAACACGUGAAAACCGAGGGAGCAGAGCAAAGAAUUAUCAUCGAGAUCUUGUUUGAAAUGAACUACAAGACCGGCCAAUGGCGACGUCUUCAGCGCAAGAGAAUCAUGCAGUUGACAACACCAGCAACUACGUAGCACGGCAGCACGUUGUAGAAUGAAACAUGCAAAUAGAUAGAAAAUAUGAGACACUGAAGUGUAAGUGGCUGAGUGUGGCGAAGGAUGUAAGUAAUGAAUUAAAGGUUUCAAGUGUUUGC